AUGGAUGGUGUCAAACAAUUUAUGAGCUUUGUUAAAGGGAAAUUCAGUGACAAUGUUGAAAUUCUAUGCCCCUGCAGUAGAUGUCUUAAUCAGAAGUACCUAGCUCAGGCUCUUGUGAAGAAACACAUACUAAUGAAUGGCAUGGACAAUAGCUAUACUCGAUGGAUUCAUCACGGAGAGGAUUUAAAUGUGGAAGUUAUUGAGCAUCUUCCUGCUGGUAUUGUGCAUUGUAGUCAUAAUUGGUCCACAGAUGGAAUAGGUGUGACAGAGGAGGACAGCAAUGAUAUUGAUCCUUUGGAAGCAUUUUUAGGAGACCUACAUACUGCUGCAGCACAGGAAGAUAGAGAGGUUGGAGAAAAUAAGGAUGGUGAUACAGAAUCUUGUGAGCAAGACACAUUUUUUAGAAUUGCCAUGAAAGAGGCAAAGUGUAUGCUCUAUCCUGGUUGUACCAAAUUUUCGAGGUUCUCAUUUGUGGUAAAGCUGAUUCAUAUGAAGUCACUAUACAGGAUAAGCAAUUCUGCUUUUACUACAAUAUUGAAGCUAUUGGCUGAAGCAUUCCCAGAAUACAAUACCCUUCCAAAAUCAUAUAAUGAAGCAAAGAGCAUUUUAAAGGAAUUAGGUCUUGGGUAUGAAUCCAUACAUGUGUGCCAGAACAAUUGUGUGCUGUUCAGGAAGGAAUUUGUCAAGUUUGACAAUUGCCCCGUUUGUAGUCUCUCUAGGUGGAAAGACCCAGAAAGGAAGAAGAUUCCAGUGAAAGUGUUGCGUCAUUUUCCAUUGGUACCGAGGCUGAAAAGGAUGUUUGCAACCAAAGAAGCAUCAGAACAAGCUCAAUGGCACAAGUUGAAGCGGCAACCCAGUGAGAAGGAAAUGAGCCACCCAGGUGAUGGUGAGGCAUGGCAGGAUUUUGACCGAGAAUAUCCAGAUUUUGCAGAUGAUGCAAGAAACCUUAGACUUGGCCUUGCUACUGAUGGUUUCAAUCCCUUUUCAGAGAAGAACACAAAAUACAGCAUGUGGCCUGUAUUUGUUGUGCCAUAUAACCUUCCUCCUUGGGCAUGCAUGCAGGAGUCAAAUUUCAUGAUGGCUCUGCUUAUUCCAGGUCCUACAUGCCCCGGGAAGGAUUUUGAUUUAUUUCUUGAGCCUCUUAUAGAUGAUUUACUUGAGCUUUGGAAUGGGGUCCGUACAUAUGAUGCUAUUACUCGAAAAACAUUUAAACUUCGUGUUGCAGUUUUGUGGUGCAUCCAUGAUUAUCCAGCUUUGAGCACUCUUUCUGGCCGUACCACAAAAUGA